CAGGCCGGUUUAUGCCGUCCCAAGGUGGAGUGUUUUUUUUAAUUUCCCAUCUCUCUCCUCUCAAGCCCUCAACAAAACUAUCCCCCCUAAUUGCAAGCCGAAAGUAAUAGCCCAGAUCAGCCGGCGUGUGUUCCCCUCAGCAACAAUAACAACCGCACGACAGGUUAAUCGAUUAAAACAAACAACAAUAGCCCCAACAGUUGAUUGAAUUCAUAACCGUUGAAAUUGUGAUGAAAAAGUGAGAGACAAUUUUGUCUUUUCUGUGAAUAAACCUCGCGUCAGUGAUCAACAGCAGUGAAAUAGCCUCGCAUCCCUCAUUUGCUCUAUUUACUCAUCGAUUAUUGAUCGAUUGAUUGAGGGGGGGCAUUUUAAACGAUCGUGGGAUAAGGACGCAAGUCACAUUAUUGAGAACAAUGUCCAUUGGAUCGUGAAAUAAAGAGGAAUAAAAGAAGCCACUGCCUCCAUUCCGGAAGCGGCGACACUUCGUCUCCGCCGUUAUUGCCGGAGAAAUGGUUUAUUGCACAUGGUGACAUCUCUGAAAGAUAAUACGACUAAAGGGUCGAUUAUGUCAACUGUGGAGGACAAGAAGCGUGUGGCUGGCACCAAAGUGUCAGCAAUAGCCAAUAUAUUUCAAUCAAAGCCACAGCAUGACGUUGGACAUCUUCAUCGUCCAACAACGAUACAUCCAGAUGGUUUUAAAGAGCCCCCUGUGCCACUCAAGGACUCACCAACGCAGGUGACUGUGGUCAGGACUGAGAGCCAUGUGGCUAGGUUUAAUAAUGCACGAGCACUCUUUGAAAAACUUGGAGAGGAGAAUAAAUCUAAUAGACCACAAGCCAAGCCAACGAAUUUUCAUGGUCUCCGUUCGCGUUCGAGUUCCGCAAAUUCCGGGUCAGGAUGUACAUCCCCAGCGCGCUCACCACGUCCCUGCUCCCCCUCACCACCAGGCAGCUGUCGAGACCACCUGAGCAAUUGGAGUGCAAGUGUUCCCGCCUUAAAUGCUGAGCGUCACUUUGAAAAUGGUCACCAUGGUACCGAUAAUAGCGAGCGUAUGAAGCCAAGAGUGUCCUCGAAGUAUGAAAAAAAUUAUGGCAAAGAAAAUCGUCGCGACGAGAAGCCCGAGAAGCCGGAAAAGCCUGAGCGCCGUUUAAACUCAAAAGAGCUCAUUGAGAAGCAAAAAAAUUGGACAAGUCAUUUUUCAAAGACACGACCAAGUCGUUAUAACUCAGAUCCAAAUAAAUCACAAGUACAAACAUCAAUACAAAAUCAAAAUUCUAAAAGACUGAUUGUCGAUGAUUCACUGGACUCGACAGAAUCUGAUUACCAGGAGAUUGAUUUUAAAAAAUCGCUGGAGCCAUGUCCUGCCACGAGAUCAGCGUCAUUCUGCAGUUCGAGGCCAUCGCCGACAAUGUCACCACCGCCACCAUUACCACCGACGAGAAAUUCAUCGGCCGUGAGGAAAGAGAGACCAGUUAGUUUUUCAGCUGUAUCGUCAACUGAUUCAGAGUCGCCUGUUUCACCUGAGUAUGCAACUGUUACAAAAUCCUUUGACAGUUCACCAACAAUUCCAGAGUACGCUGUUGUGCAGAAGAGCAAACCAAUUGUCAAGAUUGACGAGCCAAUGCCAGAGUAUGCGACAGUACAGAAACCCUUGGGCUCGAAGAAGGGGUUGGAAGCCAAGUUGAAAGAUAAAUCUAGUCCACGUGAACAACAAGCCAAGGAGUUGAGUCCAAAUCGUCACGAGUCUGAGGAUGAUAGGAAAAAGGGGGAGAAUUUGGAGAUUGAGGAUGGCAAUGUGGGGCUUGCGAGUCCCCAGCGGGCACCACCACCCAAGACCUCUGAGUGGAGGAAUGUUUGGUUGGCGAAGAACGAGGAGAUCUUGAAGAAUUCAGAGGUGAAGACGGGUGACGAUGGGGUCGAGAGGUCGGCCGCCAGCAGCCGGCCUGACUGGGCUAAACCUGAUCAUGAACUUAGACCACCCUCGAGAACUGACAGUGCCUCGUCAAGCAUGAGCUCGCCAAGUUCACCGUCCAAGGACAGCAGGGAGGAGAAGGCUGAGAAGGAACUGCCCGAGAAGAUUCAAGGUCGAAACAGUUAUGAUCUCGAGCAAGAAGUCCCUGAGAAGACCGAACCCCCAGCCGAGGCCCUCCCCAGUGAGGAAGAGGACGAGGAGGAUGGCAGUGCAGCUGAAAAAUUUGUUGAGACUGACGUUGCAACAGUGGUGCGUCGAUCCCACGUGAGAAUGGACAUGCCAGCAGCAGGUUUAGGCCAGCGUCCCCCCUCAGUAAUAAGUUCCGACCAGGAGUUUCCAGCGUUGGAGCACAAAGAGAUACCCGUGCCAUCCCCCUAUGCAAAACGCCUCCAACAAGAAGCCAAUGCUCGUUCCCAAGUCCAAUCAAAGUCAGAAGCCCCCCGAGAGGUAUCAAACUCCCGUGUGAUAGCAGUGAAGAAUGCACUCGAGAAGGAGAAACAGAUCAACGACUUAACGUGCCAAAAGACAGUAUCAAAUGCUAAGAACGAUCAAAUUAAAGUCUCAAUGCGUGAGAAAUUAGCGAGAAAUAAGGACGAAGUUACGGAGAAACGCUCGUCCUUCACGGAAUCAGAGAAGCCCAGUAGUCAGGUGCAGCUGGAGCUCGUGGACAGCAAAGAGAAAAUAUCUCUGAAGAAUAAUUUGGCCCCAGAUGUCCCUGACAAGGCUCCAGUCUCCCCCGAGCAGAUCCAGACGACCUGGGAGCUCGAAAAACAAAAAGCUGAUCAACUGGCUGCACUGAGAGCCUCAGAGCCCCUAGAUCCCUCGAAAAUUCCUGUGAAAACCCCCCUAGUUACUGUCUCCUCAUCCCCAGUCCCCCCCAAAGACGAUCCCGACGAGCCCAGGGAGUCCAGGGAAAACAGUUUGCUGGAGGACACCGACUCCAGCGAAGCAAAGACAAUAACCAACGUCGAAAGUUUAAUAUCAUCAGAAAUGUCUAACAAAAGGUUUGAAACGCCCUCCAGAAGCAGUAAUCCAGCGGCUGCUGUUACGCCAGACACAAUGACAGCUGACGAGGCUGAGAAUUUACUGAGCUCACGAAUUCUGGAGAAGAAGAUCAGACAGGGGUCGGCGUUGCUGUCUGAUGAGGAGGCUCAGGAGAUUGCGAGACUCCUCUCGCCGACGUUGGAUCCGUCCUCGGAGGAGCACACACUUGAGAAGGACCUGGGACAGGAGAAGGAGAAACUGGACAAGGAGGAGCUCGACAACACCCCAGACUGGCUGUCAGACGUUCUUUCAGCUCAGGACUCGAGUAUUAUCAACAGCACAACUCAGGAUUACAGUUUGUCCCAGAGAUCCAGGAGUGAUUUGACCAUUGACUCGUUGACUGAGAGCCAGAUUGGCUCGGUUACAGGCAGCGAAAGUGGAUUGUUGGGCUCUGUCAGCAGUCUCAAUGACACACAGACCAACGACGACACUGAGACUGAGCAGCGUGACGAUUACACACCUGUACCUGGUAAAAUAAUUCUCGUGGAGAAUGGCAAACACUUUUUUGAGGAUGGACACUUUUGGAUGGAGGUGGAGGGCCUGCCGGAGUCCGAUGGCGAGGAGGAUCUGGGGAGUGUUUUACCAAAGAAGAAUGGAAAAGUGUCUUUUGACUCGGGGCCCAUGAAGGUCUACUCGACUCACUCGGUGUCGGAGUAUGACAGGAGGAAUGAGGAUGUUGAUCCUGUUGCUGCCAGUGCUGAGUAUGAGCUUGAGAAGAGAGUGGAGAAAAUGGAGGUCUUCCCGGUGGAGUUGAUGAAGGGUCCUGAGGGACUUGGACUCAGUAUCAUUGGGAUGGGGGUGGGGGCUGAUGCUGGUCUUGAGAAGCUGGGGAUUUUCGUUAAGACUAUUACGGAGAAAGGGGCUGCUGCUAGGGAGGGCAGGAUUCAGGUUAAUGAUCAGAUUGUUGAGGUGGAUGGAAAGUCGUUGGUGGGUGUUACCCAGGCUUAUGCUGCUAGGGUACUUAGGAACACUUCGGGACUUGUGAGGUUUGUUAUUGGGAGGGAAAAGGAUCCCAAGAAUUCCGAGGUUGCUAUGCUCAUUAGGCAGAGCUUGGAGGCCGAUGCUGAGAGGGAACAUGCGCAUCAUGCUAAUAGGAAAUUGAAUUUCUCGGAUACAUCUGGCGAAUGCCAGCAGAGAGACGACCAUUCUAUCAGCAGUGUCAGUGGAUUUCCAGGGAUACCAGGCUCACCAGCAAUGUCAUCGUGCUCCGAGGGUGAGCCACCUCACAGUCCCAUUGAAAGUUAUCUCUCACCAACGACAAGAAGUAGAUCGCCGAUUAUCAGCUCCUCAGGGCCACAUGUCACCACUCAAAGUGAUGUCGAGAGCCUCCGUCAGCUGCUGCAAGAGAGUCAGUAUAAGUUCGCUCUGGCCAAUGAAGAGGUCGAGAAACUCAAAGCAAAGCUUGUGGAACUGGAGAAUAAUGGAGCCGGAAGUGAGGAGUACGCGGCAAAAUUGCGCGAUUCUAGGCUUAGAUUGCACGAGUCGGAGAGAGCGCUGGGUCAGACGAGACAGGAACUCUCAACAACGAGAGAAAUGCUUCAACAGGCAACAUCACAAACCGCAGCGAUGCAACAAAAAUAUGCACGUGCCAGGCGAGCCGCCAGAGAACUUCGAACUGAUAUUGCUGCGAGGGAUGAAUUCUAUCAGCAGUUGUUGCAGGAAAAGGAUACUGAAUACAAUGCACUGGUGAAAACUUUGAAAGACAGGGUAAUAAAAUUGGAACUGGAGCUCACCGAGACCCACACACGUUUUGGCCUCCCCGUGCGAUUACCGUACGACGGCUCCACCAAAGGUAUAGUGACCCCCCAGCUAUCGCGUCGUCAAUUACCACCGCCCCCAUCGUCAGCAAAUUGUCAGUUAUCCGAUACAGAGACCUCGGACCUGAGUAGUCCCGACGACGGUGACAAAACAGCAACAGUAGAGCGUAAACUUCCCCUACCAAUUCCCAUAAAAGAGGAAUUGGACAGGGCAGUGCCGGCCCACCGACUCCUGGAUAACUCAGCUGGCAAGAGUAAAGCUGAAUUGGCGAGUAGAGGAGGUCUAGCCAAUCGGCAAUUGCCAAAGCGCUCUGGUGGUCUCAGUAACAGCAGUUCUGACUACGGACUCGACGAGUCUGGCGACAACACUGAUACCGAGGACUCAUCAAAAAUAGGGGCAUCACACGACAUGAGCGUGCGAUCAAACGAGUCCACAAAGCACUGCAACUUGAGCUCUUACUCGAGCAGCUCAUCAAUAAGCUCUCAGAAGAGUAAACAGUAUUUUGAGUCAACUCACUCGACGACAAUUAGACAGCACAGUACGAUAAGUUCACAGGUACGUGCCAUGACUGAGCAGAGUUGGCCGAGUACAACGGGGCAAAAAAGUCUGAGUGGACCACCUGCAUCACUGGCCGAACAGCUCAAACAAGUUUUAGCUGAACGUGAACGGAGACUCGGCUCCAAUGACAUGUCAUCGUCGAGGGAGAGCUCUGGGGACUUCAGUGAUUUAAAUAAUCCACAUGGCAACGAUAAUACAACACUAGUCACACAUCAUCUCGUUGAGGAGAUCAGGCAGGCGGUUAACGAGGCGAGCCAGAGGGUGAAGAAGGUCUCGGCACCAGUGCCAACUGGCAAUACACCAUGGCAUCACCAGGGGGGCUCGCCCUCCAGUUUAUCCUCGGGGGGCUCUGUCAGUCCAACAGCAGUCGAGCCUUGUCCAUCCAAGAUUGGCAGUGUUGACUCGGCGGAGGUGUGGAUGCCACCAAAUCCAGGUGACUUUGGACUCGAUAAAAAAUCCCUCUUUUGGCAGACAGCUUGCAUCACUGAUUGGUCAAAGGAGCAGGUCUGCCAGUGGCUUACUGGCAUUGGUCUCGAGAGAUUUUCAUUGCGUUUUAUGGAUAAUGGAAUUAAUGGGAGCAGCCUGCUGCGCCUGGAGUCGAGAGAUCUGAAGACUCUCGGCAUAUCUGGGGACGAGAAGGUUCAUCUCAAGCGAAAGCUCAAGGAACUCCGGACACAGGCGGAACGGGAGCGCAAGGAGCGCAAGGAGAUGGAGAGAAUGAGGCGAAAAGCUGAGAAGGCUGCGAGAAAAAAGUAAAAUACGAGGGUUUAACUGGUGGAACGAGAGUAAUUCUUGUUUAAGGUUUAUUUCGAGGCUUUUUAUUUAUCCGUUGAGAUCCAUAUUCAUCAGUGCUACUCACUGUGGUACCUUCGGGCGAACUCUCAGUGUGCCAAUCGAUUUUCAGUGGCACUGGCUGUGCUCAAGGCUGACGAAAAGCUCGAUUCAUCCCUCGGAUUGGUAAUUGUGUGGCGAUUGGGACGAAGAAAUACAUUUUCUUUCUUUCUUCAAUUAGUGAAUAUCGAUCGGGACUUGGUGACUCGUGAGAUCGGUAUGUGAUUGUUACAAUUAAUAUUAUUAAUAUUUUUGUAUUUCUCGUUAUAUCAUCAUCAUCAUUGGCGAUCUUACUUUUAAUUAAACGAGAUUCAUUGAGGGUCGUGAUUUUUUUUCAAUUCGAUCGGUGGCCAGAUGAUAGAAAUAGUUGAUACACCAUUUAAAGACUCAAUGAAUGAUAAUGAAGAGUUAAGUAUUUCUUACGUAUAAUUCCGCGGUUAAGAUUAUUUAUUUUGAAAGAAAAAAAAACCGAAGUAUACCCCACUCUGCAUUACGCCCCCUUGGCUAAUAUUACAAUUAAUUAAUGAUUAAUUAUGAUCGUAGAGGAGAGAGAUUAAAUCGAAGCAAAUUGUGAAUGUAUUUUCAAUUUCUUGUUUACUCUUAAACAAACAAAAAAUGAUUAAAAAUAAUGUAUCAACGAAAUAAUUUUCUCCGUGAGGCACAGAGUGUCGAUAUAGUCGUUAGCGUAGGAUUUUUAAUGAAGAAUUUUCGCGAAUGAGUGAGAGUGAGUGUAACGAAAUAAAAAAAAACAUGAAAUGUGAAAAGAGGCAACUUUUAGCAUUAUGAUUUACAAUUUUGCUCAAAGAAUCCUUCAUAUCAAAGACCUGACAAUUAUUGUAAUGAUGAGAGAAAAAGCCAUUGUAUUGCGCUUCCCUUCUUUUUAAUGAUAAUAUCCCCUCCCACCCCCGAUAUCAUGUCUCAAGACAUUCCGAAAUGAAUAUCGAGACCCAAAAGCGUUUUUGCUAUUGAAAAUCUUUUUUUUUUCUUGAAACACUGCAUCGACUAAACACUGACAUUGCUAAUGAAAUCGACAGUAAAUAUUAUUUCUCCUUGAAUUGUAUUUAUAAUAGCUGUAGAAUUGAAUGAGUUUCUUUUAUUUUAAAGGAAUCAUCUAUCAUUUGAAGAUUGAAUUAACAAUAAAAUUUUAGGUUUUUUAUUUUUAUCGGGGAAACUGAAAGCUAAAUUUUUUUUUCCUGAGUAAUCGAAACCUUCGUCGAUCGAACGAUACAGUGUACAUAUAUACAUACGGAAUAUAUAUACAUAAAUAUAUAUUUGAAUAUAUAUUUAACGACACAUUGGCAUUUAAAGGUCAUACUGGAAAUUGUAAUCAAUUAAUUGUCGAAAAAUUAAGUCUCGAGAGUGCGAUAAAUCCAUAGUGUCAUAAUAGUUUUUUUUUUGUAGUGUAAAUGUUUUAGAUGAUGACACAGGAGUUGAUCAAACAAGUCCUCCAUUUUAUACAAAAAAUAAAUGAAGCAAAAAAUUACAAUAAUCAAAGACAAUGUUCCAUAAAUACGCUGGACUGACCUCUACAAUUUUUUAAACAUUUUCAACGCUCGAAUUGUCCUUUGUAAUUCGUCCGUUUUGAGUGUAAUUGUGUGGAAAAUAAUAGAAACACAAAACACUGUUUUUCAUGAGAACAUUUUGUUUUUCUUUUACAAUUGUGCUGCCAAAGGCACCACUAGUGUAACUGUUUUUUUCCAACAAAUUGAUCGAAAAUAAUUCAGGCACAAUUUAUCAUAGGAAUCAAUGUCUUCGGUGAAUUUUUUUGUAAUAAAGAAUAGAAAAAAAAAUAUAGACAAUUUCUUCUGGUAAUGAAGAGAAAUGUGAAACAUAUAAAUCCUGUGGGAAAUAAGUAACGAAAUGUUCCAAUAAACUGGCAGCUUCACACAUUUGUUAUUCGUAAUGGAAAUAAUAAUUGUCAUCGUGAAAUACUCUCGAAACCUUUCAAUUAAA